GUAAUCAAACAUGGCUGAUGCAGCUGCUGCACGUCGCGAGGCACGUAGAAAAAGGAUUUUAGAAAAUUCUCACAAUAGAUUGCAACUUAUAUCAGGAAAAAUCAACGAUGAAUGUUGCAAAGAUUCUCUUCGAACUCCUAUGCUUGAUCUAAAUGUUGACGUACCUCUUAUAACAGAGGUUAAUUCAGUUAAUACCUGUUUUGUAAAUAAUGGAGUGAUACCCAGUAAUUUGGAGACACAAGAGUUUACAAGUGGAAAUGCAGAUGUACUCAAUGACUUGACAUCUUUACUACCACCGACACCUGAACAUUCACCAUCACAACACUCCUCGAUAAUCGGUAAACUAGUCGAUAAUAAAUAUGACAUAGUUCUAUUAUCAUUAUUCAUACAAAUACUUAAUGGACUGUCUAUAUUUAAUGUGGAAAAAUCAUAUUUUUUUCUACCACUAGUCUUAUAUGUUGUGACUAAAUUAUUCUUUUUUCCAAAUGAAAGUAAUUCCAGUAUUGCUAACACUCUUUUACAAUUGCAAGGAAUUUCAGCGCAGAAUGUAAAAGUAAUAUUAAAUGUUAUGCAGCUGUUUAUGGUCAUUUCAAGAGAUGUUUCUGUGUUUUUAUUUACAACUAUAUGCCUACAAUCAAUUCCCAUCAUGUUAUUAGAUGUUAUCACUUAAUGUACAAUAUGUUGCAUUUAGUUU